AGCACGCUACGAAUAGAGAAGUGCGCACGGCUUCACUGAAGAUGUUGAGCCGAAAUCAGUAUUUCACAGACCUCGUCGACAAAGUACGGGAGAUCGAAGCAAUUAAAUUAAAUGAAGAAUUUGUGAAGAAAAAAUACGCAGCUCAUGAACCAACGAUGGUUGCAUCCGUUAGCGCAUCAUUUCCGAAGAGCAACAGCCGGCAUUUCGAUUAUAUGCCUCAGAGAUCAACCCAGAACUACGGUAACAGCUCCAGAGGAGGUUUUCGAGCACCCAGAGGUAGGCAGUUCCAUGCUAGUCGAGGUCUUCCCUCACGAUCAAUGCGAUGGGAUAAAUGCUGGCGAUGUAAUAGCAUUUAUCAUGAAGCACAUACUUGCGGCCACAAAGACAAAAAAUGUAAUUAUUGCGGAAUUCUUGGACAUAUCCAACGAGCAUGUCGAUCACGAGGUAACGCUUCUGGUAUGAAGCGACCAGCAACAGAGUCAUUCGAGAGUACGCCACAGAAGAUCGCCAAAAUUGAUGAAUUGAAAGACGGGACGGAAGCUGUUCAACCAGUAAGUGAGCCUGAUGAUUAA